AUGAAUACAUCUUAUUUAUCCAAAAGCGCUCUGGGCGCAGGUGUUGGCCUGUUUAUCUAUGCCGGUUUAACUUAUAUGUUAACUAACAAUGGCUUUCGCUUUGAUAUUGGUUGGUUUCUUCUAUCAAUUUCACCUUAUCAAUGGGCAUUGAUUGGCAUAGCGUUAGCUGUAUCACUUUCUGUUCUCGGUGCAGCUCUAGGUAUUUUUGCUACUGGUGUCAGCAUUCUAGGUGGUGGUGUUAAAGCACCACGUAUUCGAACCAAAAAUCUGAUCUCUAUCAUCAUGUGUGAAGCUGUUGCCAUCUACGGACUUAUCAUGGGUAUCGUAAUAUCUGGUUCGAUAACAAGUUUUAUGACAACGAAGCCAGAAGAACUAGCUCUCAAGUAUCGUGCUGGGUAUAAAUUGUUUGGCGCUGGUUUAACAGUUGGUUUGUGCAAUCUGUUCUGUGGUGUAUGCGUUGGAUUAGUCGGCUCAGGUGCUGCAUUAGCUGAUGCUCAAAAUUCGUCUCUAUUUGUUCGUAUACUUAUCAUCGAAAUUUUCGCAAGUGCAAUUGGUCUCUUCGGCUUGAUUGUUUCUAUACUACAGUCAAACGGAGCAAAUCUGUCUGAUUAA